UAAGUGCAUGUACUGUAAAAUAAAGUGCAACCGCUGUUUCCAUAACAGAUGUUUAUAGUCCACAAAACUGAGUUUGCACAAAUUAACCAGUUCAAAAGUGUACAUGCACUUGAAUAGUGUCGUUACCUGAAUUAUCCAUGACUGUGUGAAAGCAACAUGCUACAUUAAAGGGAUAGUUCACCCCAAAAUAAAAAUUGUCAUCAUUACUCACCCUCAAGUUGUUCUAAACCUGUCGAACUGUUUCUUUGUUCUGUUGAACACAGAAGAUAUUUUGAAGAAUGUUGGGGACCAGCAACUGUUUGGUUACCAACAUUCUUUAAAAUAACUCCUUUUGAAGAAACUCAUACAGGUUUAGAACAACUUGAGGAUGAAUAAAUUAAUGACAAUUUUUAUUUUUUGGUGAACUAUCCCUUUAAGAGCCAGGAGAAUACUGCAUACUGAAGUUUUAUAGCAUUCAGUACUAAAUUAAAUAAGUAGAUCUUUAAAUAGAUCUUAUUCAAUUUCGUACUGCCUUUCAGAAGGUACAUAAGUUACAUGUUUUCCAGAAGACAAAAUAAUUUACACGCCCCGACUCUUAAUGCUGGAAAACCAAAGAGUGUGCAGGAGCUGGAGGAUUUUUCUGAAGGACUUUGGGCAGUUUAACUGAUCAGGACAAACAAGGGACUCAUGAACAACUAUCAUACAGUCGUCUGAUCAUAGGCAGUAUUAAGUAUAAAGCAUAAAUUUUGAACUAGUUUGUGUAAAUUCAGUUAUUUUGUCUUGUGGACUGCAUGUAAACAUCUGGUGUGUGAAACAGCUUAUUCAGGGUAGUAUAAUUUAUUGUAAUUAUUACUAUUUUUUGCAAGGGAUUUGGAUUUUACUCACUGUUGAAAGUGUUCAAAGAACAGACCUUCGCUGGAUCACUUGAUGCACUAAAUAGGUGACCACAUACACACAAUGAAGACUUUGAAAACUCAAGGUUAUAUAAAAAGUUGCAUACAAACAAGUGCACACAUAAGACAUUAAUUCAGGCUGAUUAGGCCACCCUUUCACAUCAUUUUCUUUUCAAAAUAAGUGGACCAAGGUAUACCAGAAUUCACUUAUAUAUACACAAGAGUGAAAAAGAAUCCUAUGGUUAUACGUAUCAGGACAUAAUAGAAAUCAUCUGGUCCUUAGCAGGUCUUAAAAUUAUGUAAAUACAACCUCAGAAAAGCAACAACACAUUACAUAUUACAACAUGUCAUUAUUUAAGUACACCUUUACAGCUUCCAUAGGAAUUAAGAGGGUAAGUAGCAGUCAGAUGCUGCUAAUCAAUGCCUUUGUUUAACUGAUCAUCAGCAAGCGUGACCAACUCUAAAAGCAGAAAUUUUGGCAGUUUGCUGGUCUGGAGCCUUCAGAUGUGUGUUAAAGGGUUAGUUCACCCAAAAAUCAAAUGUGAUUCGGAUCGCAUGUCAAAAUGCCAAACAGCUGGAAUCACGUGACUUUGGCGCUCCGAAUCACUGAUUCGAAACAAAAGAUUCGAAGCAGCGUUUUGAAAUCGGCAAUCAUUUCAAUGAUCGAAUAUCAUUGAAAAGUCGUUAUUUUGGUUUUUUUGGCGCACAAAAAGUUUUCUCGUCGCUUUAUAAUAUUAAGAUUGAACCACUGAACUCACAUGAACUGUUUUACAUAUGUUUUGAGUACCUUUCUGGAUCUUGAGAAGUUCAGUGGCAUUGCUGUCAUUGCUGAGCCAUCGGAUUUCAUCAAAAAUAACUUAAUUUGUGUUCCGAAGAUGAACGAAGGCCUUAUGGGUGUAGAACUACAUGAGGGUAAUAAAUGACAUUAUUUUCAUUUUUGGGUGAACUAACCCUUUAACAAUGCCAAGGAGGAAAGAUAUCAGCAAUGAUCUUAGAGAAGCAGUUGUUGCUACCAUCAAUCUGGGAAGGGUUAUAUUUCCAAAAAAAAAAAAAAAAAUUGAAGUCCAUCAUUCUACAGUGAGGAAGAUUAUUCACAAGUGGAAGACAUUCAAAACAGACACCAAUCUUCCCAGGAGUGGACGUCCCAGCAAAUUCACCCCAAGAUCAGACCGUGUAAUGCUCAGGGAAAUCAUAAAAAAAACUAAGAACUACAACUCAGACUCUACAGGCCUCAGUUAACAUAUUAAAUGAUAAAGCUCAUGACAGUAAAAUUAGAAAAAGACUGAACAAGUAUGGCAUGUUUGGAAGGGUUGCCAGGAGAAAAGCUCUUCUCUCUAAAAAAAAAAAACCUCAAGACUUCUGGAACAAAGUUCUUUGGAUAGACAAGACCAAAUUGGAGAUGUUUGGCCAAUAAUGCACAGCGCCACAUUUGGGAAAAACCAAACACAGCAUAUCAGUACAAACACCUCAUCCCAACUGUCCAUCAUGAUGAUGAAGGGGUGAUGAUUUGGGCUUGUUUUGCAACCACGGGACCUGGGCACCUUGCAGUCACUGAGUCAACCAUGAACUUCUCUGUAUACAAAAGUAUUCUAGAGUCAAAUAAGAGGCAAUCUGUCCAGCAGCUAAAGCUUGGCACAGGACAAUGAUCACAAGAACACCAGCAAAUCUACACCAGAAUGGCUGAAAACAAAAAGAAUCAAGGUGUUGCAAUGGCCCAGUCAAAGUCCUGGGCCGUAUUCCUAAAGCUUCUAAGAAUCCUCUCAGAAAGUUCCUAAUUUAUCUGAGAGCAACACUGGGUGAGGAAAAGACAAAAAAUUUUAUCUUAGUGAGGAGGCGGGGCUGACUCCGUUGCUAUCUAUGACAGUCUUUUGAAGACUGUGAUUGGUGUGUUGUCCAAAAUGGAAAAAAAGAGCGCUUUUAAGUAUAGUGUGUAUUAUAAGCCUUCACUUUGAAAUUACAGGCAUAGUUUUUCCUGUUUCACUGUACUCACACAUGCACACAUACACACACAUUAUACAUGUAUUAUAUAUGUAAAUGAAAAAUAAAGAAUACACACACAUAUAUAUAUACACUAUAUUGUAAAAAGUAUUGGGACACCCCUCCAAAUCAUUGAAUUCAGGUGUUCCAAUCACUUCCAUGGCCACAGGUGUAUAAAAUCAAGCACCUAGGCAUGCAUACUGCUUCUACAAACAUUUGUGAAAGAAUGGGUCGCUCUCAGGAGCUCAGUGAAUCCAAGCGUGGUACCGUGAUAGGUUGCCACCUGUGCAAUAAGUCCAUUCGUGAAAUUUCCUCACUACUAAAUAUUCCACGGUCAACUGUUAGUGGUAUCAUAACAAAGUGGAAGCAAUUGGGAACAACAGCAACUCAGCCAUGAAGUGGUAGGCCACGUAAAAUCAGAGCGGGGUCAGCGCAUGCUGAGGCGCACAGUGCGCAGAAGUCGCCAACUUUCUGCAGAGUCAAUAGCUACAGACCUCCAAACUUCGUGUGGCCUUCAGAUUAGCUCAAGAACAGUGCGUAGAGAGCUUCAUGGAAUGGGUUUCCAUGGCCGAGCAGCUGCAUCCAAGCCUUACAUCACCAAGUGCAAUGCAAAGCGUUGGAUGCAGUGGUGUAAAGCACGCCGCCACUGGACUCUAGAGCAGUGGAGACGUGUUCUCUGGAGUGAUGAAUCACGCUUCUCUGUCUGGCAAUCCGAUGGACCAGUCUGGGUUUGAUGGUUGCCAGGAGAACGGUACUUGCCUGACUGCAUUGUGCCAAGUGUAAAGUUUGGUGGAGGGGGGAUUAUGGUGUGGGGUUGUUUUUCAGGGGUUGGUCUUGGCCCCUUAGUUCCAGUGAAAGGAACUCUUAAUGCUUCAGCAUACCAAGACAUUUUGGACAAUUGCAUGCUCCCAACUUUGUGGGAACAGUUUGGGGAUGGCCCCUUCCUGUUCCAACGUGACUGCGCACCAGUGCACAAAGCAAGGUCCAUAAAGACAUGGAUGAGCGAGUUUGGUGUGGAGGAACUUGACUGGCCUGCACAGAGUCCUGACCUCAACCCGAUAGAACAUCUUUGGGAUGAAUUAGAGCAGAGACUGCGAGCCAGGCCUUCUCGCCAACAUCACUGCCUGACCUCACAAAUGCGCUUCUAGAAGAAUGGUCAAAAAUUCCCAUAGACCUUGUGGAAAGCCUUCACAGAAGAGUUGAGGCUGUUAUAGCUGCAAAGGGUGGGCCAACUCAAUAUUAAACCCUACGGAUUAAGAAUGGGAUGUCAUUAAAGUUCAUGUGCGCGUAAAGGCAGGCGUCCCAAAACUUUUGGCAAUAUAGUGUAUAUGCCAUUAAUUGUAAUAAUCCAGUGAGAUUUUUGAAUACACAAGUGGUCUGACAACAGCCGAUGCUCCACGCUGAGAUCUGAUUUCACCAUCAUUGAAUCUGUCUGUGAUUACAUGAAGAAACAUGAAACUGAGACAAACUAAAUCCAGAACUGUGGCCAAGUCUCCAAGAUGCUUAGGUUUUCACAAAUGGCUUCUCCAUUUUGGCUUUAUUUUUGUUAAUUAAAUAUUUUUGUUAAAUAAAUAAUAUGUGUAAUAUGUCAUGUGGUGAUGCUUAUCUGAGGUUGUAUUUACCUCAUUCUAAGGCCUAGGACUACAUCAUUUUUAUGUCCUGAUAUGUAAAACCAUAAAAUUCAAAGAGGGUGUAGCCUACAUUCUUUUUCACAUGACUGUGUAUAUAUAAGUUGAUUAUAAUACAUUGUGCUAUGUGCCAAAAAACAUGCCUUGACACAUACAAAUGCAAUGAUGAUUCUUCAGUAUGCACACUUGUAGGCUACAUAAGAAAUUGAAGAUUUACAUUUAUGAAUUUGUCAGAUGCUUUUAUCUAAAGAGAUUUACACUGCCUUCGAGGUAUACUUAAAAAAAAAUAAAUAAAUAAAUAAUCUGUUUGUACCCCUUGGAAUCGAACCACUCGUGUUGCUAGCGCCAUGCUUGCUUGUUUAGCUGUGCGAAAAGAAAAAAAACAUACUUCAGUCAGUCUGGGUCAGUCAGCGUUUGACUGUUUGUGCGCUGUGUUUGGCGCGUGCGCUCUCAACGCCGAGCAGCUCUCAAACAGCCAUGUUGAGUCUCUGAGACAGAAAUGACUCAAUAAACCAAUGAAAUAAGGAUAUAUACCUCUAGAACGGGCCGGACAUAAGCGCAUUAGCACUCUGCGAUCAUCGAACAGCCAUCCAGAGGUCCUUCCAUCUUCUGUGGCCUUCAGCACAGCUGUUUGUGUUUUCCCAUCUGAUUUUUAAUUGGAAUUAUAGUAAACACAGUGUCAAACUGUGUGUCAUGUCAGGACCUGUGGCGAGUCGUGCCAGAGUCUACACUGAGGUGAACACGCACCGGCCCAGAGAAUACUGGGAUUAUGAAUCUCAUGUUAUUGAGUGGGGCAAUCAAGAUGAUUUUCAACUUGUCCGCAAGUUAGGCAGAGGAAAGUACAGUGAAGUGUUUGAAGCAAUCAACAUCACAAACAAUGAGAAAGUAGUGGUGAAAAUACUAAAGCCUGUGAAGAAGAAGAAGAUAAAGCGCGAAAUAAAGAUUCUUGAGAACCUUCGAGGAGGUCCAAAUAUCAUCUCCCUCCUAGACAUCGUCAAAGACCCAGUGUCCAGAACACCUGCAUUAGUUUUUGAACAUGUGAACAACACAGAUUUUAAGCAACUGUAUCAGACACUGACAGACUAUGACAUUCGCUUCUACAUGUAUGAGAUUCUGAAGGCAUUGGAUUUCUGUCACAGUAUGGGUAUUAUGCACAGAGAUGUCAAACCACACAACAUCAUGAUUGAUCAUGAGCACAGAAAGUUGCGUCUUAUUGACUGGGGACUGGCUGAAUUCUAUCACCCAGGACAGGAGUACAACAUCAGAGUCGCCUCUCGCUACUUCAAAGGCCCAGAACUACUGAUAGAUUACCAGAUGUAUGACUACAGUCUUGAUAUGUGGAGUCUUGGCUGUAUGCUGGCCAGUAUGAUCUUUAGAAAGGAGCCAUUUUUCCAUGGACAUGAUAACUAUGACCAGUUGGUGAGAAUUGCCAAAGUUCUUGGAACAGAAGAUCUUUAUGAUUGCAUUGAUAAAUACAACAUCGAGCUGGAGCCUCGAUUUAAUGACAUUCUGGGAAGACAUUCCCGUAAGCGAUGGGAGAGGUUCGUUCACAGUGAAAACCAACACUUGGUCAGUCCUGAAGCUCUUGACUUUCUGGACAAGUUGUUGCGUUACGACCAUCAGACCAGACUGACUGCGAGAGAGGCCAUGGAGCACCCCUACUUCUUCCCUGUUGUGAAAGACCAGUGUCGCAUGGCAGGAUCAGCUAAUGUGCCGACAGUGAACACCGCAGUGAGCACUGCCACUAUGAUAACAGAUGAGACAUUAAACCGAGGUCCUGACUUUCAUCCAAGUGGAUGCUGCCCACUUGUGGUGGUUGAGGAGAGACUCCUGAUAUGACCGUAAAGUGCUUUGGGUGUACAGUAGUACACAGGAAAGCACUAUAUAAAUGGCUCAUUCAUUCAUCCAUAAUAUUAUAAUGAUUUAAAUCUGAAAAAAUCCUUUAAGCACAAUUCAAAGAAUCAACAUAACAAAAGAAUUAUUAUUUUAUAACAAUCAAAAAUUAUAAGCAGAACUUGCCUGGUGUCACAUUGCGCCAGGUGUAUGAUAGGGCCUUACUCACCUAUAGACUGAACAUGUAAUCCGCAUGCGCAUAAAUAAUAAAACAAUCACAAAUUCACGUUUUUGUAGUUUACACGAAGACGAUAACGGUAUCUUUUCAAAAACUUGCACUUUAAAACCCGUUUUCAAAAGUUAGCGUAUUCAGGCCCCCAAAACGCUGUUGUUUUGUAAAUGAACGCCCAAAACAUUUGAAAGAAAAAAUCCUUCUGCUCAGUGAGGAUGCAUUAAAUUGGUCAAAAGUGACAAUAAAGCUUUUUACAUUGGUACAUAAAUGCUUCUUUUUAACUUUCUAUUAAUCAAAGAAUCCUGAAAAAAAAAAAAAAAAAAAAAUGCAUCGCCGUUUCCACAAAAAUAUUAAGCCACAAAAACGGUUUUCAACAUUGAUAAUAAUCAGAACAUUUUAAAAUAUAUUAAAAUAUAAAAGUUACUUUAAAUUGUAAAAAAUAUUUCACAGUAUUACUGUUUUUACUAUAUUUUUGAUCAAAUAAAUGCAGCUUUGUUGAGAAUAAAAAGCUUCUUUCAAAAACAAAAGUAUCACCAACCCCAAACUAUUGAAUGCUCAUAUAUCUUGUCUGAUUGCUGGUGUAUUAGACAAGAAAAGUUUCAAAUAACUUUUGAUCGCCCUGUUCACAGCAUGACAUGACUAAAAUUUGAAGAAAUCUACAUAAAAAGUACUGCUGGUGUCACUUGAGGGUUUGAGAUUGCUCUUUUUCCCCUGUUUGAUCAGGAAUCGCUGCACUUCCAGCCUCCACAGCUCUAGGGCCCCUGACCGGCUCUCCCAUUCUCAUGGCUCCCAGCAGCCUAAACCCUCCAGUGCCUGCAGCCACGGGAGCCGCUCAGUGAUGCCACUGUACCUGUCCGU